AUGGCGAAGCUGUUAGUGCUCACGCUCUUGGGGCUUGGACUGGCGCUCUUCAGGGACCACAGGUCUUCUUACCAAACACGACUUAACGCUUUCCGGGAAGUAGACCCAGUAGAACUUCCUAACUGUAAUUUAGUUAAAGGAAUAGAGGCUGGCUCUGAAGACUUGGAGAUCCUUCCUAACGGACUGGCUUUCAUUAGCUCCGGAUUAAAAUAUCCUGGACUAAAGAGCUUUGAACCUGAUAAGCCUGGCAAGAUACUUCUGAUGGACCUGAACGAAGAAGAUCCAACGGUAUUGGAAUUGAGGAUCAUUGGAAGUAAAUUUGAUUUGUCUUCAUUUAACCCUCACGGGAUUAGCACAUUCACAGAUGAAGAUGAUACUGUGUACCUGCUGGUGGUGAACCAUCCAGAUUUGAAGUCCACAGUUGAGUUGUUUCAAUUUCAAGAAGAAGAAAAAUCACUUUUGCAUCUGAAAACCAUCAGACACAAACUUCUGCCUAACAUGAAUGAUAUUGUCGCCGUGGGACCUGAACACUUCUAUGCCACAAAUGAUCACUAUUUUGUUGACCCCUACUUGAAAUCCUGGGAAGUAUAUUUGGGUUUAGCAUGGUCAUAUGUUGUUUACUAUAGUCCAAAUGAUGUUCAAGUGGUGGCAGACGGAUUUGAUUUUGCUAAUGGAAUCAACAUUUCACCUGAUGGCAAGUAUGUCUAUGUAGCUGAAUCGCUGGCUCAUAAGAUUCAUGUGUAUGAAAAGCACACUAAUUGGACUUUAACUCCAUUGAAGGUAAGACGUAUUAACACUAUAAGUUUGCAGAAUGAUAAUUAGAUUCUAAUUGAUUUGUGAAAUUAAAAGUGAGGAAAAAAAGAUUGUCUAAUUGGAGAAGGUGAGAACCAAU